AUGUCCUACAAGCAAGUCAUCUAUACCACCGCUCCGGCUCCGGCCAUCGACCCUUCCCUUACCUCCGGCACCUUUCGCCUGAAAUCCGUGCCCCGGCCCAGCGAUGUCCCAGCGGACAAGCUGCUCGUGCGGGUGCACUAUCUAUCUCUCGACCCAGCCAUGCGCCAAUGGCUCACCGCCAAGCGCUCCUACAUUGCCCCCGUCGAGAUCGGCGCCGUCAUGCGCGGUCAGAGCAUCGCGCAGGUUGUCGGUGUCGGCAGCGCUCUGUCCGCUAAGUUCGCCGUCGGUGACUGGGUCGUCGCCUCCUCCGGCUGGCAGGAAUACGCCCUUCUCGGUGCCAAAGAGGCCGAGAAAUUCAUUGUGCCCGCCGGCGGCCGCCCGACCGACGCUAUGUCCGUCCUCGGUAUGACCGGACUGACGGCCUACUUCGGGAUGCUGGAGGUGGGCCAGCCACGCGCCGGUGAUACAGUAGUGGUGUCCGGGGCUGCUGGCGCCACUGGCAUGGUGGCGGGCCAGAUUGCGAAAAUCAAGGGUGCCAAGCGCGUGGUCGGGCUAGCAGGCAGCCCAGACAAGUGCGAGUUCCUGGUGCGCGAGCUGGGCUUUGAUGCGGCCAUCAACUACAAGGAUCCGAACUGGCGCAAACAGCUGAAAGAGGCGACCCCUGAGUAUAUUGAUGUGUACUUCGACAACACAGGUGGCGAGAUUCUGGAUGCGUGUCUAGCACGGGCGGCGCGCGACUCGCGCUUUGUGAUCUGUGGUGCGAUCAGCCAGUACAAUGCCGCGAAGCCGCAAGGCCCCGCAAGCUUUAUGAAUGUGAUUUCGCAACGAGUGACGAUGAAGGGCUUUAUUGUCUUCGACUAUGCGAAGAAGUACUCUGCUGCACUGCAGGAGCUGGCCUCUUGGCUGUCGCAGGGUAAGCUCAAGCGAAAGGAGCACAUCGUGCCUGGUGGGCUUGAAGGGGCUCCUCAGGCUCUUGUUGACCUGUAUAAGGGCGUGAACACGGGUAAGAUGAUGGUUGAGGUUGCCCCAGUAUCUGAAGCCCUGAAGGCGAAGCUAUAA